AGUCUAUCCUUCAUUGGUCUAUGCUUCAUUGUCACCUGGUGGUGGUGUGUUGAAUAUAAUCUCACUGGAUUUUAUGCUGUUCUCUGAAAUUCUAUGUGCGUUGAUUAGAGAAAAAAGAGAGUCAAAUCAUGGGAGAGCAGGAGCGCAAGAAAGCUGAAUUAGAGACUGAAAAGCAGUCACUUUUAGACGAAGGAAAUGCAGCACCACAGAAGGACUUGGAUCAAGAGAAUGGAUUCAUCCCACUUCCUCAAAUUGCAGAUCCUGGCACUGAUAAAAGUUCAAGGGGUUCUGUUGAUAGAGAUGCUGCACUUUCAAGGGUUGAAACAGAGAAAAGAUUGGCUUUAAUCAAAGCAUGGGAGGACAACGAAAAGGCGAAAUCAGAUAACAAGGCAUGUAAGAAGCUGUCCUCGAUCGGAGUUUGGGAGAAUGGCAAGAAAGCAUCUGUAGAGGCAAAGUUGAAGCAAAUUGAGGAAAAACUGGAGAAGAAAAAGGCUGAAUAUGCGGAGCAAAUGAAGAACAGAAAAGCUGAAAUCCACAGAGAAGCAGAAGAGAAGAAAGCAAUGGCUGAAGCCAAAAAAUGUGAAGAAUUCCUCAAGAUAGAAGAAGCUGCAGAGAAAUUCCGCGCAACUGGAAAUACGCCAAAGAAGUUUUUUCCAUGCUUUGGCAUCUAACAUGUUUUAGGCAACAAUAAACAAGAACAAAUGCAGACGGUUUUUUCAAAACCUAGUUUGCUUUUUUACUUUUAUGGCUGCUUGAUCAUCCAUGCUUGGUUUGGUUUCUGCCACAGAAAAACUAUAUGUUUUUUAUAAAGUUGUGAUUUUAUUAUUUUCAUAUACACAUUGAGUUUGAGUAAUCUAGUUUGUAGCUUUUUUC